AAGAUACUGGUGGAUUCCUCGAGUUAAGCGGUUUGACUUUGACAACACCUUACACAUUUAUCAAUUUACCAAAUAUUACAUUAAUUAAUUAAUUCACCCGACUAAAAAUCUUCCAAGAUUUUGCUGUUUUAUAGUAAUAAUUCUUCAUUCUUCAAGAUUUUGCCAUAAGAAAAAUUUUAUGGCUUCUUCAUUCUUCAAGAUUUUACUCGACCCAUCUGCCGAUCACAUGUCAUUGCCACCUGAAUAUGCUCACAUGCAUGUGGAGAACAAAAUCACAAAUUCCCCAAUAAUCCGAUCUGCAAACGGAGGGUAUUCGUGGCGGUUAAAGAUCGAACAAAAUGGUGAUGGUUAUUGUUUUGUUAAUGGAUGGAACAAUGUGGUUGAAGAUAUUCAGUUGGGUUUUGGGGAUUUUCUUUUCUUUCGGCUUGUUGAUGGAUCUACAUUUAGAAUGUCAAUCUAUAGUCCAGAUGGGUGUGAAAAGAUUUUGCAACCAAAAAGUGACGAAAGUUGUCAUGAAAAGAAUGAGGAGAAAGAGAAAAGUGAUGAUCAUGAUGAUGAUCCUUUCUUUGUGGCGAUUGUCACUUUGACCCACGCAAGAUAUUUGCGAUUUCCGGGAGGAUUUGCGGAGUUGGUGGGAAUAAAUGCGGAAGGAACCAUGAAGGUGAAGAAUCUUGAUGGAAAAGAAUGGGUUACGGGUUUGAAGUUGGACAAAUCGUAUAGAAAUACGAUAAGGUACUAUUUGUCGCCCGGGUGGUCUUGUUUCGCUCGAGAAAAUAAGUUAGCGGAAGGAGAUGAGUGUGUGUUUAGAUUCAUUAGAAGUGAAGGUAAGUUGUUACUAGCAAAAGUCACCAAGAACAAAUGGCCAAAGCCGUCAGGGGAAAUUCCGGUGACGGAGGCUUUGAGCAGGGCCAGGGUGCGGGCGAAUCGUGAACGUGGUGGUCAUGUGGUUGUGGAUCCCGAUGAAGAGCAUGUAGAGGUGAUGAAGAAACCAUUUGAAAUGCCACCUAAGCGACGAUGUGGACUGUCCCCUCAGAACAAAUCGAGGGUUUUGUUUUUUUGAAACUUAUGAACGUUUAGCAAUCUUGAAGUGCGUGUUUCUAACGUCUAUUAGGCGGUGGGUGUGGGAGCGGGGAGGAGUGCGUGUUUCUAACAUCUAUUAGGCGGUGGAGUGUGGGAGCGGGGAGGGGUUCGGGGACAAACACCCUUGUGUAUACGGACGUGACAAUAUUACACAAUAUAUAUUUUUUACUUGCCCA